AUGUCGCUCGUAUUCCCUCCUGGAACCACACAGGACCUUUUCACCAACUACAAACCGUCCACAAACGCCCAUGUCGACUUCUUAUCGGAGGGGUCCGCGAGUGGAUCGGGCUCGAGCCAGAAGGAAGGAGUCAAGACUGUCAAGCUUGCGCUGAGAGUGCGGCCAGUGCAGCCAACAUCAAAGGAGCUGCUUGACACUCUCCUACCGGCGAUCCCUCUGAUCCUAUCCGGAAAGCCGACAGCGUCUUCCUUCCAUGCUCUCUCGUCAGCAUGCCACCGGCUCGUCCUUCCACCGCACAAUCUGGGUCCCACGAUUUAUACGAAGGUCACAGAGGAGCUGGAGAAGAGCGUACAAGGUCUGGCGAGGGAAUGGAGAGGAUCGAUCAUGGGUCGUGAGGCUGGAUGGCUGGACCGACUCAGCCAGGGGUGGAGGGAAUGGGAGAGCAAAGUAGGGAUGCUUUCGGCUGUAUUUGUCUACCUCGACAGGGUCUACUCGAACGGGACGACCGGAAUCGCAUCGAUCCGAGAGCUGGCGAUCUCCACCUUCCAGAAGGGGAUCUGGGGAAAUGAGCUUCUCUUCCAGAAGACUCGGGAUGACUUUUUGGCCUGGGCAGCUGCGGAGAGGGAGGAAGGUAAGCCGGACGAAGGCGCUCGACCGACCAUCAUCGCCAUCACUGCUCUCUCGAAGCUUCUUGAUCGAUACACCUCCAUCCUCACCCCGUAUCAGAACGACGCUAUCGGAUACUACACUGCUCAGGCCGAGGUCAACAUCGGGGCCGCAGCUUCGAAAGACCAAAGCAUGUCCCCGACACGAUACGUCGAGUGGGCGAUGGAGAAGGUCGAAGAAGAGCGGGAACGGGUGGCGACCUGUCUCGGUCCCGACUCGACAGACAGGCUGGUACUGGGACUGAGGGUGGUCUUAGGCGGUCAAGUCAAGGACAAGAUCGUCGGACGAGCUCUCGACGAGGCCAUGAAUCUAGCAGACGCGCAAGCCCUGGCUCGACUGUACAAGUUUAGCGUGGACGCCUUGUUCUUUCCCGACUUCUCACUUGCUUUGCGUGCCUACAUCGAAAACCGCCUUCGGACGCUCAUCCAAGACCCCAACAACGACCCGCACAUGAUCGAGGAAACGCUCAAGCUCAAGCGCUUCACAGACAAGUCCAUUGCUGCGCUCUUCGCCUCGCCCAAAGCCGCCCCUGCCGAGAAGCUGCCCUCAGCGGCUGACCAGGACGAAGAGAUGGACCUGGACGAAGACGAGGCGGAGGAAGCAGAGGAUGACGCAGUGAUCGUCUCGGGUCCGAUGCGGGAGAAGCAGCUGGAUCUACAAGAUGCUGUCAGGACUGGAUUCAAGGCCGGGAUGGGGUCCAGGCAGAAUGCUCCGGCAGAAUGGAUCGCCAAGCAUCUUGACCAGGUCAUGCGCCGCGGACAAGGAUCCGGGACGGAGGCUGCCUUCAACGCUCAGCUCGACGAGAUCAUCGCUCUCAUCGGAUUCACUCGGGACAAGGACGUCUUCAAGGCAUUCUACUCGUCCCAGCUGGCGAAGCGAUUACUGUUGAACAAGAGCGCGAGUGAUGAUAUGGAGCGAAACAUGAUCAUCAAGUUGCAGAAGGAGAUGGGGGAGGAGUUUACUACAGGAGACGUCAUGAUGAAGGAUCUUGCCCUCUCCGAGACCCUCGUCAAGACUUACCUGACCCACCUCGCCAAGUCCGCCGACGCCUCUGCGGACCCCACCGCCCUCUCCGCCAACGUCCUCACCGAGUCCGCCUGGCCUGCCUACCCUCUGCUCAAGGACGGCUGGGCCUUCAAGCUUACGCCCGAACUGCAGAGCUCCGUCGACGAGUUCACAAAGUGGUAUGCCACCCAACACAAGAACCGGCAACUGUCUUGGCGAUGGCAGCUGGCGACGGUGACGCUUACUGGACGAUUCGGGACGGGGCGGUACGAGAUUGGCGUGAGCUUGUUCCAGGCGGUGGUUCUCAUGGGAUUCAAUGAGGAGGAUGAGCUGGAUUUCAAGACGAUCAAGGACCGGACGGGUAUCGAAUCUACCGAGCUCGUCCGGACCCUCCAGUCCCUCUCUCUCGGCCGGAAAGGUACCCGCGUGCUCCUCAAGAAGCCAGCCACGAAAGAAGUCAAUCCGACCGAUACGUUCCGGUACAACAAAGCCUUCACGUCCGACCGGAUCAAGUUUAGGAUCAACCAGAUCCAGCAGGACAUGUCCGCCGAAGAGAGCAAGAAGACGAAUGAGCAAGUAGCGGUGGAUAGGGUGUCGGUGCUCGAGGCGACAAUUGUACGGAUUAUGAAGGGGCGUAAGAAGGCUUUGAUGGGGCAGUUGAUUGAUGGGGUGGUGGGCGAUGUGAGCAAGCGGUUCCCGCCCGAUGUGAAGGAGAUCAAGAAGAGGGUGGAGAGUCUGAUUGAGAGAGAGUUUUUGAUGCGAGAUGAAGGGGACAGGAAUCUGCUUCAUUAUCUCGCCUGA